UAUCGAAACUCGAAGCGUAGACAAGAUGGCGCACGAGAUGAACGUCACUUCCGCCGGUAUUGCGGAAGUGACGGCACGGCCAUAAUUGGAUCUUUUUUAGGUUGGGUUUAGUAGCAGCACGUUGUCGGAACAAUAGUCAUCAUGCAGAUUUUCGUGAAAACCCUCACUGGUAAGACCAUCACUCUCGAGGUAGAAGCCUCUGAUACCAUCGAAAAUGUGAAAGCCAAGAUCCAGGAUAAAGAGGGAAUCCCACCAGAUCAGCAGCGGCUUAUCUUUGCUGGCAAACAACUGGAAGAUGGACGUACUCUCUCUGAUUAUAACAUCCAAAAAGAAUCCACUCUCCAUCUCGUGCUUCGUCUCCGAGGAGGUGUAAUUGAACCUACUCUGCGUAUACUUGCACAGAAAUAUAACUGUGACAAAAUGAUCUGUCGCAAAUGUUAUGCUCGUCUUCAUCCUAGAGCAACUAAUUGCCGUAAGAAAAAGUGUGGUCACACAAAUAACAUCCGGCCAAAGAAGAAGUUGAAGUAAACUAAGCACCCAAGUUCCAUUUCCACGUUAUGGAAGUGGAAAUAUAUAUUUCUUAUACCUGGCAUCAAUAAACUUUGACUGGUAAACCGA